CGAAAAAACGAUUGCGAAUAUAAAUUAAAUCACAAGUUAUUCCUACAAUGUGGCAACAACAGAAGCAAAGCAAAAAUACACGUCAUAAGUUGAGUAAAAGGAAAGUUGCAGACGCAAAUACAAACAGUUAUAGUGGAGCGCAAAGAUGCUAUUUACGAAAACCAUAAAGGGGCGGAAAACGAACGAUCGCAGAAAGUGUGUAAAACAGAAAUAUUUAGAAUUUUAGUUGGCUAAAGUAGCCAAACAUCCGCAAAUACAUACAAAGACAACUUAGCAAUGGAUAAUGACACAGCGCCAGCUGUUGGGCCCACAACUAGAAAGCGCAGCUGUUGUGUGCCCUAUGAGAAGACCAUCUGCAACUUUGACCCAGUAAGCACAAAGCAUAACGUGAAUCAAGCAACCAUCGCUGCCAUACGCAACGAGGCACUACUGCAGCUACAACAACACCAACAGCUGGCGCGCACUUCCAUGCUCUAUGUUAGCUUCGUAAAUCUCUGCAUAUUCAUAGCAGGCACGAGCGUAGCUUUCAUACUCUACGAGUUCCUGCAUUUCAAUCCGUAUGGUGUGUUAUUGCGUCCGGCAAACAAACAGUUACAGCACCUGCCUGACAACCAUUUCCUGCAAACGCGUGAUGAUUUCGCGGUUUACGCAGCGCCAGGCACGGGAGCGCUCGAUUUGGAUGCGCUCAAAGAUAUGUAUGUUAGUGCGAAAGAAGUGGAGAGUGCGCGUGCUUCAGCAACCAAUGUGAAAGAGGCACUUGACUCUUUGAAAUUGGCAACGGAAAUGCGCGCCUUGGGCAAGAGCGAGAAGGCGCAACGUUUAUAUGAGCAUGCUUUUGCAUUGGCGCCAAAGCAUCCUGAAGUUUUGCUGCGCUACGGCGAGUAUUUGGAGCAUAGUCAACGCGAUAUUGUGCUGGCGGAUCAAUACUACUUCCAAGCACUAAUGCUCAACCCCACGAACACAGAAGCGGUGGCUAAUCGUCAGCGCACCGCUGGCAUUGUGCAAUCCAUUGACGAACGCAAGCUAGAGUUGCUUGACUUGAAGCGUGACGCACUUUCUGCAGUGCACGAAUCGAACGCGGCAUUGCGGCGUGCGAAAAAAGAGGCUUAUUUCCAACAUAUCUAUCACUCAGUGGGCAUUGAGGGCAACACAAUGACUUUGGCGCAAACGCGCUCCAUUUUGGAGACACGCAUGGCUAUAGAUGGCAAGUCGAUCGAUGAGCACAACGAAAUUCUCGGUUUGGAUUUGGCUAUGAAGUACAUCAAUGCAAGCUUGGUUAACAAAAUUGAGAUAACAAUGAAGGACAUUUUAGAAAUACAUAGAAGGGUACUGGGUCACGUUGAUCCCAUCGAAGGUGGCGAAUUUCGUCGUACGCAAGUGUAUGUGGGCGGUCAUGUGCCACCCGGCCCUGGCGAUUUGGCAGUGCUCAUGCAGCAUUUCGAGCACUGGUUGAAUGCGGAACAAACGGUUUCAUUGCAUCCCGUCAAACAUGCGGCCUUGGCUCACUACAAACUGGUGCACAUACACCCCUUUAUCGACGGCAACGGCCGCACAUCACGUCUACUCAUGAACGCUUUGCUGAUGCGCGCCGGCUAUCCGCCCAUUAUAAUACCAAAGCAGCAGCGGCACAAAUACUAUCAGUUUCUACAAGUGGCCAACGAGGGUGAUAUACGCCCCUUCGUGCGUUUCAUUGCCGAUUGCACGGAGAAGACGCUCGAUUUGUAUCUGUGGGCGACGAGCGAUCUGCCACAACAGAUACCGAUGUUGGCGCAAACCGAGCACGAGUUGGCGUAUGUGGAUAAGUUGGUGACACCGGUGACCGGUAUGGGCGGUGAAACAGCAGAUAAAUUUGAAUCAGGUUCCGGCGAAAUUCCUUAACAUUUCUUGAAGUUGUUGUUAUUACUGUAUGCCUUAGAAUUUAGCGUCCGAUCCCGGUUCGUGUGGUAUUAAUUUAAGUGUAGGUUGCAUAUGCAGGGUAAUUAGUAUAAAUGAAAGAUUUAUUGUUUUAGGUUGUGAAAAUCUGUGUAAUUGUUUGUUGUUAGUACAUACAUAUUUAAUACUUCUGUAGACGUAGAUAUGCAACACUUGACUGUGAUCUGUUAGAAGUGUGUGGGGUUUAUGAUAAAAUUUGGCAUAUCGCUCCGCUAUGUGAGCCAAAGCUGCUGUGUACAUGGUAUUCUUUUAAUUUUUUUUUUGUAUUUUUUUUUUUUUUGUUUUGUAUUUACACGUCUAAAUUGUAAAGAAAAAAGUAUAUUUUAAAAUUUUUGUUUUAACGGUGCUCCCAAAUUCGUGGCAGCGGUUUUGUGCGCGUGCACAAUUUAAUAGCAACAAUGCCAAAUAUGUAGCUACAUUUGCAAAACGUACGUUACUGCCAAAACGUAAACGAUAACCAAAAAGUAACAUGACUUUCAAUAACAAUUUACAACAAUGUAUGUAUGUAUAUAUUUUGUAUAUAAAAAUUUAAGCAUUAACACAACAAAUCUGUUUGUAAGUAUGUAUGCCUACAACAAAGCGUACUUUUGUGGCAUACACAGUCAUAAGUCCUUAGUAAGACUCUAUCAUAAAGCACAAAUAAUUUGUAAAUAUGUGUAUACAUAUGUGUGACUUUUGUAUAAACAAAAAUCUACUUGUAUUGAAAGCACAAAUUGCCAGCUGUUGGCUACUUAAAUUCUAAUGAUAUUUUCUAUACUCGUAUGUUUUGUGCAACGACAAAGAAUUAAAUUAUUGCAAUGGAAUAAAAAUUAUUGUAACAAAAUUCACAAAUAA